UCCGCGGUACCGCGGCGGCGGCCGCUGCCCGGCGUGUGGGGCCGGAGGGCGGCGGGCAGCCCAGCCCGCCCGUCCUUCCCUGCCGCCGCCAUGGUGUCGUGCGGGGCCGUGCAGAGUUUUCUCUUCGAGUACGACACCCCCCGCAUCGUCCUGAUCCGCAGCCGCAAAGUGGGGCUCAUCAACCGCGGGGUGCAGCUCGCCAUACUCGCUUACGUGAUCGGCUGGGUCUUUGUGUGGGAGAAGGGCUACCAGGAAACAGAUUCUGUGGUCAGUUCUGUAACCACAAAGGUGAAAGGAGUAACGCUGACAAACACAUCCUCCUUGGGAGCCAGAAUCUGGGAUGUAGCUGACUAUGUCAUCCCUCCUCAGGAGGAGAACAGCGUGUUUGUCAUGACCAAUGUGAUAUUCACACUAAACCAGACCCAGGGCCAAUGUCCAGAGCUUCCAGAUGAUAAAACAGAGUGCGGCAAGAACAACAGCUGUGUUCCAGGAUAUGUCAGCACCCACAGCAAUGGCAUCCAAACCGGGAAAUGUGUAAAUUACAACGACAGCAUCAAGACCUGUGAAGUCUUUGCAUGGUGCCCCGUGGAGGAUGACUAUCACAUACCCAAGCCGGCCUUCCUGCAAGGAGCUGAGAACUUCACCAUUCUGGUGAAGAACAAUAUUUGGUAUCCCAAAUUCAACUUCACCAAACGAAAUAUCCUCCCCACUAUCAACUCCACUUACCUCAAGAACUGCAUCUAUGACUCCCAGACAGAUCCCUUCUGCCCUAUCUUUCGUCUAGGGAAAAUAGUUGAAGCUGCAGGGCAGAACUUCCAGGAGAUGGCUGUGGAGGGUGGAGUCAUGGGGCUGCAGAUCAAAUGGGACUGCAACCUUGACAGAGCUGCUUCCCACUGCGUGCCGAAAUAUUCCUUCCGGCGCCUUGACAACAAGGACACUGCCCACACCGUCUCGCCCGGGUACAACUUCAGGUUUGCAAAAUACUACAAGGAUGGUAGUGGCAUUGAAUCACGGACACUUGUCAAAGCCUAUGGAAUCCGCUUUGAUAUCAUAGUGUUUGGAAAGGUAGGGCAACUUCAUUCCUGGAGGUUGUGGGGUGAGGGCGUUCAGGGAGGCAGAAAAAACAUACUCAGCCUUGUGACUGUCUUCCAGGCAGGAAAAUUUGAUGUAAUUCCUACAAUGAUUAACAUUGGCUCUGGCUUAGCGCUGUUUGGUGUGGCAACAGUGCUAUGCGACCUUGUUGUCCUGAACUGCAUGAAGAAGAAAUACUACUAUCGGGAGAAGAAAUACAAAUAUGUGGAGGAUUAUGAAAUGGGAGACAGCGAGACAUACGGAACCAACUCCUGAUCUCCUGCUGCUGCAGCACCAGCUGCUGCUGUGAACUGAUGCUGUGAAUGUUUCCCUGACCCUGCUGUGAGACCCGCCCUCUCUUCCUCGGAAGGAAGGAGGGAACAAACCUAAGAAAGGGAUGUUCUUCACUACUCGCCACCUUUUGCUAGCCGGAACCAACCCCCAGAGGGGAGAACUGGAUCUGUCUGUUCUUCCCAGGUUAACGGCACUAAGCACGUACAGAGCCUUGUGGUUUUGUGCCAGACCUCUGCACCAGGCGAGCCUGGGAUAACGUCAUUGUCAUUUCAACAGUCCUCCUUUCUCUGAGCUCAGUGGUAGCAGAGAGCAGCAAAGGCUCUUCCUUACAGCAACUGUGGCUCCUGUCAUGUGUUGCCUAACAUUAGGAGAGCAGUUACCUGAUCACUUUUCCUUGCCAUGAGGGAUUGUGAUGUUUAGGUGAGACUACUUUCUAUUUAAUUGUCUCUAAGCUCCAGUGGCCACAAACUGAGAUAAAGCGGUGCCUGAUUCCAUUGUGCUACGGUACGUGGCUUCCUGGUUACAGGAUUUAUUUUCUGUUUUAUCUCUUUUAUGCCACUAUGCUAAAAUUUGCUUUCUUUUUUUAAUAAAAUAUUAGCUUCUAUCAUCA